ACUCGCACGACACCAUCACAUUUUUUCGCUUCUACGAAGGAGAUUUCUGAACAUCAGGAACGUUCAAUCUUGAAUUGAAUUUUCAGUAAUGGUGGGAUUGGUUGUGUUCUGGUACGGCUUUCUUGCCUGCUUUGAGUGGGAUGUUGUACUCUGUGAAGUGGAGUGUUUCACCUGCAGCGUCGAUUUUCGCUCGCAGCCCUUUCAAGCGAAUAAUUCGUGUCUGUUCCCCAGGGAUCACGACGAAAAAGCAAGAUGCAGCAGAGUUUCGAAAUAUUGUCAGGGCUCAAUUACUCGCAUCAGCGGAGUAUUUGUACAGUUCAUAAGGUCCUGUGAAACAGACUGCCAUGAAACUUGCGUCGAGAAAGGAUACGGCAUCGAAACAAGUGACUGCAGAUACUGCUGCAAUGAAAGUGUUCCCAACAGUGCCCGUUGUGGAUUUCAAGGCUACAAAUCCACAGGGACGAAGUUGAAAAAUACAUCAACUUUCUUACUAUUACUGUGUUCACUACUUAUUUUUCCCACAUAA